AUGAGUUCCACCCGUGGCAAAGAUGAUCUCAAGUUAGACGACCCCUCUGCGGAGUAUGUCGAGGAAAUUGGAGACAUGAAGCAGCUGGCCUGCGCUAAAGACCAGGAUGAACUGAGUGGAAUUGAGACCACCGCUGCGUCCAAAGCGGCAUGGCUUAUCUCCAUCGUCGUUUCGAUCGGUGGUCUGCUAUUCGGAUAUGACACCGGAUAUAUUUCAUCCGUGCUAGUCACCAUCGGCACUUCCCUCGGUCGUGCUCUUACAUCUAGCGAGCAGGAAAUGGUAACAUCUCUCACCAGUGGCGGUGCCUUGGUGGGUGCGGUAGCAGCUGGUCUCACCGCUGAUCGUUUUGGUCGUCGCUGGCCAAUCUGGGGCUCGUGUCUAUUUUUCGUGAUUGGAACAGUCUUGCAGACUGCUGCUUUUUCCAUUUCCCAAUUUGCAGUAGGAAGAUUCGUGGUAGGACUCGGGGUGGGAGGUGCAGCCAUGAUUGUGCCUCUGUACAUUGGUGAACUGGCACCAGCACAGUAUCGUGGUCGUAUGGUCGCUUUCAACAACAUGAGCGUUACCUUCGGCCAGCUGCUCGCAAGUGCUCUCGGUGCUGGUUUCGCCGAGGUCAAAGGUGAAGGAUGGCGAGCCACUGUUGCUAUCGGAGCAGCUCCAGCAAUCAUACUCGCUGGUCUCCUCACCCUUUGUCCUGAGUCACCUCGACAACUUGUUUCCCAUGGCAAGCGUGAGGAAGCCGAGGCAGUCUUGAAAAGAAUCUAUCCCAAGUCCACUAUCCUUCAACGUGAAGCCAAGAUUGUCUCAAUUGAGUUAUCGCUACAAGAGAGUGUGGAUUCAAUGUCCGAGGAAACAGUCUGGACAGGUAUUAGACGAGUUUUCACUACCCCUGAUACCGGUCGCGCUGUCCUGACUGCUUGUAUGAUCAUGGCUAUCAGCCAGUUGGGAGGCUUCAACACUUUGAUGUACUACGCCGCGACACUUUUCGGUAUUGUUGGCUUCGAAAAUGCAACUGCCGUAGGAAUUACCGUCUCAGCAACGAAUUUCGUCUUCUCUGUCGUCAAUCUGGUGAUUGUUGACAAGUUUGGUCGCCGAAUUAUCUUGAUGUUCACCGUCGCCGGAAUGGCGCUCUGCAUGAUGGUUGUGGUCAUCGCAUUCCGUUAUAUUCCUGUCAACCUCCAUACCCUCGAGGUUGAGAGUGAUACUGUCGGCUGGCCAGGCACUUUGGUUCUGGUGAUGAUCAUCCUCUAUGUUGCUUGUUACUCGUCUGGUGUUGCCACCAUUGCUUGGAUUGGCACUGAGCUUAUUCCCCUCGAGGUCCGCGCUAUCGGAACCAUGAUGAACACUGUUACUUGCUGGGGUACCAACAUUAUUAUCUCCUCGACCUUCCUCUCGAUGAUGAAGGCUUGGACACCCAGCGGUGCCUUCGGAUUUUAUAUGGCGAUCUGCACCUUCGGCUGGGUCUUUAUCCUAUUCUGCUUUCCAGAAUGCAAAGGUAUGCCCCUGGAAGCUGUCCGAGAUGUCUUCAGUACUGGGUUCGGUGUCAAGAAGUCGAAGAAAUGGCAAAAGGAGCACAAGAACGAGAAGAAGGUUCAAAGCAUGGUCAUCGGGCAUUAA